AUCAUUUUUGAAUGGCUUGACCGGCAUUCUUUACUUGUACCUUCAGAAAACCAAAUUUUCUCCUUCAUUUCCCUCGCUAUUCAUAGCAAACCACGCUUUGUCAUCGCCGGGGCUCACCGAUCCUCCGUCGGAAGAACACGCUGGCAAUCGCUCCAGAGAAACGGCAUGCCUGCUGCUUUUCCCCCGCAUGCUUCUUCUCUCCGACGUGACAGAAUGGACAAGCCGCUUGUGGAUCACGAAUGGGAAUAGCGUGAGAGCUCUCAUUCAAUGACCAUUGCUAGGACUGGAUUUGAGCCAAGCCCAAACAUGGGCUGGCUUGAGCCUGGCCAUAAUCCAGCCAAGCUGUUGAACUGAAGUUCUAGCUCAAAUUCGGCUUGAAAUGAGCUGCAUACUGAGCCUACCCAAGCUGGGUUGGUUCGAAUCCAGCUCUAAUGAACCUGUUUACUUUAGUUGAGUUCAAGACAUAAGGGUAUGGGGCAGCUGAUAAAUUAUGAUAGAAGCAUGGAUAUUAAAGGAGGUUAGGAUCGUUAAUGAGAAUUGCUUAACUCGAUUCCUCAAUUUUCACCAUUAUCCAAUUGUGUACAUGGGCUGGCUUGAGCCUGACUCAAAUCCUAAAUGGUUUGCUUGAGCUAGUCAAAGAUGUUUUGGAGGGCUGCUGGUGGGAUGAAUAGUGUUGGCAACAGGAUAAACAGUGUCAUUGGGAGAGAUUCGAGCUGAACUUAAGUCAAGCAGUUGAACUAAAGCUCUAACUCGAAUUUGACUUGAAAUGAGCUGCACAUUAAGCUUACCCAAGCUGGGUCGGCUCGAAUCCAGCUCUAAUGACCUUGCUUAUUUUAGUUGAGUUCAAGACAUAAGGGCAUGGGGCAGCUGAUAAAUUAUGAUAGAAGCAUGGAUAUUAAAGGAGGUGCUGGAAAAGGGGACAUGUUGAUGACAGAUAUAGAAGGAGAUAUAGGUGCUUCUGGUAAGACUGCUGUGCAGAAAAACAGAUCCCUUAUUGGCAGAGUCAUAUUCUUUGGUGUGGAGUUGUCUCCAGAUAAUUUUGCAGUUGCCAUGGUAUAUUUUGUACAAGGUGUUUUAGGCCUUGCAAGGCUUGCUGUCAAUUUUUACAUAAAAGAUGAUCUGCAUCUAGAUCCUGCAGAGACAGCUGUAAUAUUUGGUUUUUCUGCAUUGCCCUGGCUUAUCAAACCUCUUUAUGGGUUUAUUAGUGAUUCUCUCCCACUUUUUGGUUACCGAAGGAGGUCAUACUUGGUUCUAUCAGGGCUUCUUGGAGCAAUCUCAUGGAGUUUGAUGGCCACCCUCGUUGACGGCAAGUACAGCGCUGCUUUUAGCAUACUUCUUGGAUCUCUUUCUGUUGCCUUCUCAGAUGUUGUUGUAGAUUCCAUGGUUGUGGAAAGGGCUCGUGGUGAGUCACAAAGUGUUUCAGGAUCUCUUCAGUCUUUAUGUUGGGGAUCCUCAGCAUUUGGUGGGAUUGUGAGCUCCUACUUUAGUGGCUCAUUGGUUGAUGCUUAUGGUGUAAGGUUUGUUUUUGGUGUCACAGCAUUGCUACCACUUAUAACAUCUGGAGUUGCUAUUCUAGUAAAAGAACAACGUGUGGGGCAGAAUUUUCCUUUAGGUGGUCCUGGCUUUCUUGAAAGCUCUAAACAAAACAUUAUUCAGUUAUGGGGUGCUGUGAGACAGCCCAACGUUUUUCUUCCAACUUUAUUCAUUUUCCUGUGGCAGGCGACUCCACAUUCAGACUCUGCCAUGUUUUACUUCACCACAAAUAAACUUGGUUUUACCCCAGAGUUUCUAGGGCGUGUCAAGCUUGUUACUUCAAUUGCUUCAUUGCUUGGUGUUGGGCUGUAUAAUGGAUUUCUAAAAACUGUUCCUCUGAGGAAGAUUUUUCUUGGGACAACCAUUAUUGGUACAGCUCUUGGGAUGACCCAGGUAUUCCUUGUUACUGGACUGAAUAGGAAGUUUGGUAUAAGUGAUAAGUGGUUUGCAAUUGGGGAUUCUUUGAUCCUUACCGUGCUUAGUCAGGCUUCUUUCAUGCCUGUCCUUGUGCUAGCGGCAAGGUUGUGUCCAGAGGGUAUGGAAGCAACACUCUUUGCUACUCUCAUGUCCAUAUCGAAUGGUGGUAGUGUCCUUGGGGGACUCAUAGGUGCUGGCUUGAUGCAGGCCUUGGGUGUCACCAAAGACAGAUUCGACAACCUGGUCACUUUGAUAAUCCUAUGCAACCUCAGCUCAUUGUUGCCAUUGCCCCUCCUUGGUCUACUGCACCAGAAUAGUCCAGGUACCGCUGAGAAAGAAAGUGGAGAAAUUGAAAUGAAAUUUAGUUAAAAUUUUCUAUAGUUUCCUCCAUGGACUGUAAAAUUUAGAGAUUCUAAACUUAACAAAGAGGUGACCGGAGGGGAGAGUCUUGUAAAUAUCAGGGCAAUAGAUUUAGAGAAAUGAUGGUUCAAAAUGACAUUAUUUUUCGGCAAACUGGCGAAUAUAUUUUGAUUAACCCACUGUAUUGUCUGUUCUGAGAUCAUUUUACUGAUAUAUGCGAUGAAAUCCUCUCCCCAUUCUCAUGUGACUGUGGUUGUAAAAGAA